AUGGCUGCUGCUCCUGGUUUGCCGAAGUGGUUACUUGAUUGUAAAAGCCAAAUCACAGAGUCCCCGGAAUGGGGGUCUUUGACAAGAGAGUUGUUUGAUGCCAUACAGCAGCAACUAACAGAAAGUAAAAUUACUUACUUUACUGACCUCUCAGAAGCUGAGAAGACAUUAUUUAUGCAAAGGGCAGCAAAAGCAAUUCAACAUGGCAAAGCUUUUCGCAAUGUUCAGACCAAUGUUUCACACAGCUUGGACCAACAUCUUAACAAUCAAGUAGCUAAGGAACUUCUCGAGGACUUCCCUGUUAUUACCAAAUCUGAUCUGAUCAUUAGUCAUGCCAGAGAUAGUGUGGUGGCAGUGUUAAAAAAAUGGCCUGAUAUGAAGAGUAAAUUGCACCUUUGUCUUAACCAGUCAUUACCUGAUAGACUCAGACAGAUCACAUGGAAACUGUUCCUACAUAAUCCACAUUUAAGAAAACAGUAUGUCGAAAUAUUGCAGACUGAUCCAAACAAUGUAAUGUCUAUAUUGGACUUAGAGAUUGUACAGAAAUCAGAAGAUCUACUCGAGAAUGAAACAACAUUCCAUGAACUUUCCGGAUCUGUUAGUAUAUUGAACGCAAUGAAAUGUACCUUAUCUUAUCACCACGCCAGAAAGAGAGUCCAGACUAGUUUACAUGAUACAGAUUACAUGUUAGUUGUACCGUUCUUAGUGACGUCACUGGCGACUGUACAUCCAGAUCAACUCUCUCACAGAAAUAGUAUUGCUCUAUUAAUCGAAGAAUAUAUCACAUUUAUGAAAAUGAGACCAGGGUAUAUGAAAGAGUCAUGGACUGAGGAUUACAAGGAAGGAAUGCAGAACUUCACAGAUUCUGUUGCUAAGCUACUAGAAACUAAUGAUGAAGAACUUUCCAAACAUUUAAAAACUUUAUUUUCACCAACAGAAGCUGAUGAAGGAACUCACGACACCUUAAUAGAAGGCUUGAAAUCCUUGAUUAGACCAAUGGUACGAUGCCUGUUUGUUGGUUAUUUACAGUUGGAUACUGUGAUGUUUAUAUGGGACCAGUACAUCAUUGGGCUGGAUGUACCAGAGUAUGACAUUGUACCUGUUGUCACCGUAGUUACUCUAAUGUUGCUAAGAGACCACAUCCUAGAUUGUGAUAUUCCUGUUGGCAUAGAGACUGUUCUAGCUGAUCAUGCCAUUAAACUGAAGAAAGAGCAAUACAUGUAUGAGAUUAAUAGAAAUUUCUAUAAAGACUUGUAUGAUUUAUUAAAUAAAGAUAGAACCGAUAUGCCAAUACUGGAUCCAACACAGAGUCUUGGACUGCCAGGUCCUUGGACCCAUUGGUCAAGUGAGAAAUUACCUCGGAGAGAGAAAGCGCAAGACAGAAGGCAGGCAAGAGAGGAGAGAGAAGCUCAAAGACUCAGGACUGUUCAAGAACAACGAGAAGCUGAUGAACAAAGGAGACAACAAGAGUUAAUGGACAGAGUUGAGGAGGAGGAAAGAUUUCAGAAACAGAUGGAGGAAGAUCGGAGAAGAAUUGAAGAGGAGAGAAUGUAUUUGGAAGAUCAGCUUGAGUUUGAGAAAAAAAGAAGACAAGACAGUGAGAGGAAAGCCAAGGAAGAGAUUGAUUUACUGAGAAAAGAAAUAGAAGAACUCCGUAAAAAUAGAGAGAAACCACAUGACCCCUGGCCUGAAUAUGGAAAUACUCACUAUAAUCCUCCAUCAAGAGAUAGUAAACGCAGUCCCCCACCACCAUCAGCAGCUACGCAUGAUACAAAAACGUGGGGAGCCCCAACAACAGCCGGUGGUUCCACAACAGAGACACCACCACCAGGAAGUGGACGAAGAAAACAUGCAGAAACAGUCACUCUAAAUUUACUGGAGAGAAUCAUGGAUAGCGUAAACUAUUUGGGUCACAGUGAAGGAAGAGAGAAGGAAACUCUAGACAGUGAAAGUAAAACAAGUCUUAAACAUUACAAUAGAGCUUAUGAAGAAGCACAGGUGCAGCUGUUCGGGAGAAAGUUGCGAGCAGAAGAAUGGGACGAGAUGCCAGCAAAUGAAAGGACCGAACUGAACGAAAAAAUCAUGGAUUAUGUUUGGCAAAAAUAUGAAGAGAAGUAUGCCAGUACUUUGCAGUAGUCAAAUAUACCGUCCUUAUGUUUUUGGGUCUUCGGAAAAAUCAGCACAUAUACUGUUAGAAGUAUGUGAUCGUUCUCAAUGGUCACUGUGUUAUGGAGAGUUGGGGGCUUGGGUCAAGUUUGAAAUCGUUACUAUGACAGCCAAUUUCAUUUAACAAUACAAACUAUUUUCCAUUCACUGCAGGAUUCUGUGUUAAGCGUUAACUUAAACAUAAAAACAAAGGUCAUAGAGUUAUAGUGGUAACAAC